AUGUCAGAAGAACAAUUUAACGAAACGAAAGAAGCGGCUGAGCCUUACAAACCUGUUGAUUUCAAGGGCGAUCCACAACAUACUGAAACCAAAGUAGCUCAACCUGUCUAUGGGAAUGAUGAUGUGCCGAUCGGAAAAUCUUCAAAUAAAUAAAUGCUCGAUGAAUUUCCCCCUGAGGAUUUUGUCCCCAAAAAGCCAGCAGCCAAAAAAGCACCCAAAAAACCUGUACAUCCUCCCGUUUAAAACGAUGAACCCAAAGUUGUAGUUAACCCUGAUGAAAUCCCAAUUAAACCUGCUGGGGCAGGUGUGCUUGAUGAGCAGCCUGUUGGAGGAGGCAAGAAAUUCGCUAUUAGUGAAUACCCUGAAGGAAUGGAGGGGGGAGGAGAAGAUGUGCAAUAGACAGUCCUUCCACUUGCCCAGCGUUUGAAGUCAAAAGCAUGGAAAUUGAGACAAAGUGCUUUCGAAGAAAUGGCAGAACUCUUUUAAAAAGACGAAUCUCUUGAUGAAUAUUACGAGGAGUGGCCCAAGCUGAUCAAUGAUAACAAUCCUGGAAGUUAAGAAAAAGCAUUGAUAGCCUUAUAAAUAUUUAUUUCCAAGUCCAACAAGGGCUAAUUCGCAGCAAGAUUUGAUGCUAAAGAGACGAUUCGAAUGUUAAUAGACAAAUGUAUUGCUCCAGGCAAGAAAUAAAUAGUCAAACUAAGUUAAGAAAUCUUUUUUGAUAUUUUUGAAAGAAGAGAUAAAUAAGAAAUGUUUGAUGUUGUUAAUGAAAUGUUGAAAAACAAAGUGCAAAAGGUUUAAUGCGCAGCAAUCCAAAGCUUGGUUGAAUUAUUGAUAACAUUUGGUCCAAAGAGAUUGGAUUAUUUGAAACCUUUCUUUCCAGAAAUCGAGAAAUUAGCUUAAUCUACUGUUUCAUCAAUCAAAACCGAGUGCAUGAACUUUUACAAGGAAGCUCACAAAUGGUUGGGCGAACCAAUCUUAGCCCCUUUUAUCAAAGGACUUAAAAAGUUAUAAUUGGAGGAACUGGAAAAGUUCCAAAAGGAAUGGCAACCUAUUCCCAUGGUUCCUACAAGAGGUGGAGAUGCGGUAACUGUCGGAUAAGGAGGUGGAGCCAAUAAUGGAUUAGAUGCAUAUGACUUGGUUGAUGCAGUUGAUAUUUUCAAUAAAUACAAUGAGAAGUGGUGUGACAAGGUCUUAGCCCAAACCAAAUGGAAUGAAAAGCAAGCCUUAUUAGAUUAAUUGUUAAAAGAGUUAGCUACUCCUAAAAUAGCUCCUGGCAAUUAUGUACCAAUGAUAGCAAUGAUUAAAAAACUACUAGUAGAUUCCAAUUAGGUUAUAAACGUAUGCGCUAUUAAAUUAUGUGGAGCAUUUGUUAAAGGACUAAGAAAAAACUUUACUGCUUAAGCAAAACUCUUAUUUCCACUUUUGAUGGUUAAAUUGAGAGAAAAAAAAAAUAUAUGCUAAGAAGCCAAAGCUGCUUUGGAAUUGUUCCAUUACUGUUUAUAAGUGGAAGACGUUGUUGAAGAUUUCAAGGAAGGACUUGCUGACAAGAAUCCACAAAUGAGAGCUUAAAGUCUGUUAUUAUUUGCUAAACUUGUGUAGUUGAAAGGAUUCCCUCAAGGAGCACCUAAACCUAAAUUUGUGGAUUGUGUCAAGCAAUUAUUGCCACUGGCUAAAAAAUUAAUUGAAGACAGUGUUCCAGAUGUGAGAGAAGCAUCAGUACAAAGUUUAGGCACUCUAAAACCAUAUUUAUCAGACUAAUUGAUUAAUUCCUUUUACUCAGAUAUUGGACAAUAAAAAUUAAGUAAAAUCAAUGAAAUUUCUGGUCAAAUUGAAGAAGAGAAAAAGAAGGAACAAAUUAAAAAGUAGCCUACACAAGCCAAAGAACAAUAAGCAGCUUCAUAGGUUCAAUAAUCCACUAUACAAAACAGUUCAAUACAAUAGGCAACAGCUAAGAAGCCUCCUCUUUCUCAAAAGAGUAAUAUUGUAAUUACAGAAUCGCCAGAACAAAGUGUAGAUCAAUUAGAGGGUUUGCUAAGAAGUUAUGGGGUUGAUGAUCAAUUUUUUGAAAACAUCAAUGGAAUGCCUAAGUUGAAGGCUGAAGCUAUAAAGAUGCUUGAAAAUGAAACUGACACUAUGUAGCAUCAUUUUGAGGACGUUUUGAACUUCUUGAGGAUAAAAUUGAAGGAUUGGAAGGAAGCCAAUCUUUCAAUAAAUAAGGAGCUGUUUGCCAUAUUGAUUUAUGCUAAUAAUUUGGAUCCAAAGCCUUUUACUCAAAAAUCAUUUUAACCUUUGUGCAAGUUGCUGGUUGAAAAAAUGACAGAUUCUAAAUUCAGAGAGGACAUCUACAUAAUUUUGAAGGGAUGUUGUGAAUGUGUGAAUCCUAAAUACAUUGUGUUGUAUUUGAUGACUCAAGCUGUGCCGAAGGAGGAUAAGGACAGUGGUAAACUUACGAUUGUGCCUCCCUAGAAGAUUGGAGAGGUGAUUAAUAACAUUUCGAAAAUCAUUGAUAUCGUUACUAUUCGAAAUGUGCCCACCAAAGAAAUUAUUGAUUUCGGUAAGGAAUAAUUACAAUCAACAAAUGCCAUCAUCAAGACUUCUUGUGUAGAGUUGUUCAAGACAAUGUACAAGUAUAUUGGCUAAGAAUUGCUCUAAUUUUUGUAGGAUGUCUAGCCCCCAAUAAUGAAGACUCUUAAUUCUGAAUUCGAAAAAAUAUCAGUGUUAACUUCUUAUGAACCAACAGUCACUUUUACAGGAGAAGCAGCCAAAGAAUGUGGAGUGAUCCAGUCUCAACCCUUGUCUUAAUCAAUUAUGCAAUCUACAAUCUCAUCCAUCAAUGAUAACUUGCCUAGAGCUGACAUCUCAAACUAGUUACAAUCAGUUUUAAAGAAAAUGGCUGAUGUCCAAUGGAAUAAGAGGAAGGAAGGAAUCGAGGAAUUGGAUAAAUUAUUAACACACAAUAAUAAUAGAAUUUAGAUAAACGGAUUAAAUGAUCUGAUCAACAUGCUCAAACAAAGAUUGAGUGAUAACAAUAAAUAAUUGGUUAGACCCAUUGUUUAGAUAGUGGGUAGAGUAGUUGAAGCCUGUGGAAAGGAUUUUAAAUCAUCAGGCAAAUAAUUGAUUUCACCAUUAAUCUCAAUUCUUAGUGAUAAAUAAGUGUUGGUUAGACAGGAUGUAGUUGCUAGUUUAGAUAAGUUUUGUAUAGCCAUUGGCAUAGAUUAAGUGAUCUUGCAAAUGCCACCUUAUUUAUAGAUGGAAUCCAUUGAGUUGAAACAAGAAGUUCUGUUAUUCAUUAUGAAAUACAUCGAGGCCUUACUCAAAUUGGAUUACAAGCCCUUUAUCUUACCAUUAAUUAAUUGUCUUUGUGACAGAGUCAAAGAAGUAAGAUAGGCAGCAGAGUAAGUUUGUGAAAGGAUGGUUGAAGAUGUGGGCAUAGAUCCAUUUUUAAAUUAAAUGAAAGAUCUGAAACCAGCUGUUGUUUAAUAGGUGAAGCAGUUCUUUGCCAAAUUUGGAAUGACCGAGGUAGAAGAAACUUCAAAGAGAACAGGUAAAACACCAAAGGGCAAACAAUAAUAAUUACAAUAAAGUUAAUAACAAGAUAUCAGAAAUAUGAAAAGAAAUUUGACUACAAAGGAUUUGUAAAGCGAUUUGAAUACCUCUCAAGAACCAAAAUAAAGAAAUGAAAGAACUCCAAAGAAAUCAUUACAUUAAAAAUCUCACAAGACUCUACCAUAAGACAACACUCCAUUAAGACAAUAAAAAGAAAAAGCCAUCUUCUAAGAUGGCAAUAGUUUGAUUGCUAGAAGUGCAAGCAUCAAGGAAAUGAAACUGUUAAGAUUGCAAUCGGAUUAAGCAUAAUGGUGGGCCAGUGAUUGUUUUCCAAACAGUGCAUUCAGUGAUCUGUAUGUAUGUCUAAGAGAGGAUCUCUACAAUCAAUUAAUGUCAUACAAUUACAAGGAUGUUAUGAAAGGCUUGCAAUAAUUAAUGAUUAUUUAGAACGAUCCUGAAUAGAAGACAGACAUAAUUGAAUUAAGCGACUUACUAUUAAAAUUUGUACUAGUUAAAAUCUAUGGGUGUUCUGCCAAUCAACUAUUAAUUAAUGCCUUGAUUAGUUUCCUAGAUGCAUUCUUUUAGACUAUAUCCAAAUCGAGGUACAUCUUAACUGAAGUAGAAUAAAUUGUGAUAAUCUCCUUAAUAAGAGAACUAGUCUAUGCUGGAGUUGAUGUCCAUCCAGAAUUGAUUCAAAAUCUGCAAUUGGUGUUCCCAGCUGAAAUUAUGAUUAAAAGACUCCUUCCUUUGUUUAGGAUCAAUCCUUAAAGUAUUCACCCCUUCUUGAUUGAUCAGAAGGAGAGAAUUGAUACUUAAUUAUGCAAUUUGAUCAUUCAAGGUCAAUUGGCCAAAUUCUUUCCUCUGGAUCUCUUCCCAGAAUAUUCAUAAUACUUCACUAAAGAAUUACAAAAUGAAUUUAUUACUCUAUUCGGAGAUAAUACUAUGUAAGAGAUAUACCUAACAAUAGUAACCAUAUUAGUAAUAAUAAUAUUAAUAAUAAUAAUAAUAACCAUAACCGUAGUCAGGAAGUAACCAAUUGUCUAAGGCACUGUAUAGUUGCAAUCAGCAAAGGAUCCAAGAUCACAAUACUUCUUAUCAAUUUUAGAAUCUCUAUUGAGUGAGUAAACUUCUCAAAAAAUAGAAUCCCUAAUGUAAAUCAGUGAUUUGCUAACUCAAAAUAUAUAACAAAAUCAACAGUUGUUUGUUGACAAUGCAGAGGCCAUUUGCAAAUGCUUCUAAACUCUCUUACAGAAUACCUUCACACAAAGAGAAACCUACCCUGCACAAUUCAUACAGUUCUUCCUCUAAGCCUUAAACAAAUUGUAUUAACUAAAGCCAUAUGUAAAUUAAUUGCCAUAUGAACUAUUGUGUGGAUUCACUGAGGAGAUUAUGCAAAGACUUUUGACUGAGGACGAAAUAAAAGCCCAGCAUGAGAAUGGAGAUGCUACAGUUAGAUAACUCAACUCAACCACUCUUCGUAUCUUGGAAAAUACAAGCUAGGAUAUCAUGUUUUCUAUUUUAUUCGACAUUUUAACAAAGCAUAGACGGAGAAACAAUUCGUCGAAAAUGAUAGGCUUGCUUGUUAAAUGCAUAGCCAGAUUAACAGCAAAAGUAGAAUAGAAUAGUAACAUUAAGAUUGAAUUACUUCUUCUUAAAUUCCAUAACUAUUUGAAUGAGUUUUAACACUAUCCUAACUUUGCUGUUGAUGAGUAAGGAGUCAAAACAAUUAAAGUUGUCCUCCAAUAAUUAGUUAAAAUGAGGGGGGAGACCAUUUGGGAAAACUACCAUCUUGUAGGCAGAAGCACCCAAUAAGAUCAUUAUCUGAAUAAAUGGAUCCAAGCCUAUUUGGGCAAUCCUUCCUUGUAAAAUGCCUAACAAGAAAACAACCUCCCUGAUCAAGAAUUACUGUAGAUUGCCGAGAUGUUGAGAUCGCCUAACUUAUUAGAUACUGGCAUCCAAAAGAUGGUAGACAAAAUCAAAAGAAAUCCAACUAUCCAAUGGUAGAAGUACGUUCAAGAUCAAUAGAUCUAAUUACUCAUAUAGUAAUAAUUGACUAAUGGACAGGCACCCGUACUGGGAGGUUAUAUUAGUAAUCAGUCUACUCUAUAGCAAUCCUAGUUAUAAUAAUUGCCCCUAUAACAAUCGCAACUAUAAUAGAACUCACUACAAUAACCUCCAUUGCAACAAUCCUAACUAUCUGUUAGACCUUAGUUACAAUACCCUGCACAAUAAUAACAAUCACAAUAAUUAUAGAAUUAAUUACAAUAAUCACAAUUAUAAGACUCCUAACUGUCAGUUAGGCCCUAGUUACAAUAACCAACACAAUAGCGACAAUUAUCACAAUCACAAUAAUAAUCACAAUCGCAAUAAUAACAGCAAUAAUAAAUGUUACAACAAUUGGUUCCGUAUCCAAAAUCGACUAGAGAAGUUGAUCAAUAAUAAUAAUAUAGCGAUACUCUAAAUGGCUAAUAAUUCAACCCAAUAUAUGUCUGUUAAUUAAUACCAAAUGAAUUCAAAUCAAAUAAAUAUUUAAUGCAAAAAUUGACUGAUAUGAAAAAUAAAGUUCAAACUCUUGUUGGUCCAAAUAAUGUCUAACAAGCAUAAAAUUCUAGAUCCUUUUAAAAUAAUCGUAUGGCAUAAUGA